AUGUCCAGAACCAACAAAUGGACAGUCCAUGAAUCUAAAUCCGAGCCCAAGUGGUUCACCCAUAACGGACACUCAAACACCGAUCCAACCAAGACCAAGAAGGAAGGUGCUGGUAACCACAACUGGGGAAGACCCGGUGAUGAAAUUGAUGUUGAUGAUUUGUUGUAUAACAAGUCACAAAGAAGAAACUCAAACCAUCAAGAACAUGAAGAUAUGAUGGACCGUGUUGAAACGGAAGUUGAUGCCAAGUUGCUCAACUAA